UUUAAAAAAUCAAUAUGGUACACUCUUAAAAUAAGCCAGAAGGCAAUUAAUUUAUAAUAAACAUGUCCCUAAUGGAAAAAAAAAGACAGUAUAAAAUUAUAGUAAUUAAAACAGGAGGGCAUGGAUAAAGAGACCAACAAAACUGAAUAGAGAACUGAUCCCAGCCUGAAAGAAAACAUAUUAGGGUAGAGAAUGUACAUUGUAGAUCAGUGGAGAAAUAUGAAGUAUUCUAUAAAUAACAUCAUAGAUAGUUAAGCAUAUAGAAAGACAAAAAAAGAAACUGGAGCCCCCCAAUUCAAACACAAAAACUGAUCUCUAGUGGCUUAAAGAAUUAAAUGUUGGGGGGGCUGGAGCAAUAGCACAGCGGGUAGGGCGUUUGCCUUGAACGCGGCUGACCCGGGUUCGAUUCCCAGCAUCCCAUAUGGUCCUCUGAGCACCGCCAGGAGUCAUUCCUGAGUGCAGAACCAGGAGUAAUCCCUGUGCAUGGCCAGGAGUGACCCCCCCCCAAAAAAAAAGAAUUAAAUGUAGGGGCUGGAGAGAUAGCACAGUGGGAAAGGCACUUGCCUUACAUGUGGCUUACCGAGUUAGGUUCCCAGCAGGCCAUAUAGGCCUGCUCACUGGCUGAAGUGCUACCUGAGCACAGAGCUAGGAAUAAGUUUUGAGCACAACUGGAUGUGGUUCCAAUUUAAAAAAUAAUAAAAGUUGGGGGCUGGAGCAAUAGCACAGUGGGUAGGGCAUUUGCCUUGCACGCCCCGGACCUGGGUUCAAUUCCCAGCAUCCUAUAUGGUCUCCUGAGCACCGCCAGGGGUAAUUCCCGAGUGCAGAGCCAGGAGUAACCCCUGUGCAUCGCUGGGUGUGACCCAAAAAGAAAAAAAACUAAUAAUAGUAAUAAUAACUUAAUAUGAUCAGUUUUCUUAUAAAGCAACUUAGUUAAUAGAAAGUCAGAAGUUUCUAUAGGUUCAAGUCCCUCCAGCUUCUGCUAGAUGAUGUCCAGUCAUCUAAUUUGUUUAUAUCUAAAUCACUGACAAUUUUCCUCCACAAUAAAACCCUUAGAGCACCUUUUACUAAGGAAAUCGAAAAGAAGCCACAGACACGUAGUGCACCGCUGGGUCGGUACACUUGCAGAACUCUGUUCACCGUGGGCUGGAGUCCGAGUCACGAGCCAUCUGCAAGUCACUACUGUGACUGAUACGCGAAGCGGCUGAAAACCACCAGACUUGCUGGAUUCUUCCUUUUCUCCAAGUUGACAACCAUUCCCACAGCGCGCUGCUCCGCGGCGCCGGGCCUCAGGAAGGGAUCUGAACUGAGACAAGCGCCACGCGGGGAGUUCGCGUCUUUCUUGGUACCUCCUGGGCUACCGAGAUGCGACACGCAAAGUGUAGGCGGCCGAGAGACUAGGGCGAGCAGCAGCCGGGCUUGCCGGGGGCGGGGGGCGGCGGGGAAUCAGCCCGAGCCCCGGGGGACCCGCGCGCGCGGCGCAGACGGUCUCCGGCGCGGGCGCGCGGAGGGGCACUGCGCACGCGCACAGCGGGCCGUGCGGGCGGCGCGCCGGAGGCUGCCAGCACCGGGCCUCACCUCCGGCCUUCGCGGGCCCGCGCGGCCCCGUCACCUCCAGCUCGUCACCCGGGCCCGGCUUCUCUCGCCUUCUCGGCGGGUCGCUCCAGAGCGCGCAGAUCCGGAGCGGGAAGGGAGCGCGGCGGACUGUCUUUCAGACCGAAGAGAGAGUAUAGGAGUGAAGACCCUCGCCUGCACUUGGCCUAUCUUGGCACCGCAUUGUAGUCCUCUGAACACUGCCAGGAAGGAUCCCUGAGCAUAGAGCUAGGGAGUAGGACCAGAUUAUGGGUGAUUGUCUGUCUAACUAAUUAUCAUCAUGGCUAAUGAAGGCUGUUCCAAGGCUACUGAUAAUCCUUUUCCAACGGAUAAACAUGCCCAACUCAUCUUGGCACAGAUCAAUAAAAUGAGGAAUGGACAGCAUUUCUGUGAUGUACAACUACAGGUUGGAAAGGAAACUUUUAAAGUUCAUCGGCUGGUUUUGGCUGCCAGUAGUCCUUACUUUGCAGCUUUGUUCACUGGAGGAAUGAAAGAGUCUUCAAAAGAUGUUGUACAGAUUCUAGGAAUUGAAGCUGGAAUCUUUCGCGUACUUCUAGAUUUCAUUUACACAGGUAUAGUGAAUAUAGGUGUGAAUAAUGUCCAAGAAUUGAUUAUUGCUGCAGAUAUGCUACAGUUGACUGAAGUUGUUCAUCUUUGCUGUGAGUUUCUGAAAGGACAAAUUGAUCCACUGAACUGCAUUGGGAUCUUUCAGUUCUCUGAGCAGAUUGCAUGCCAUGAUCUUUUAGAAUUCACAGAAAACUAUAUUCAUGUCCAUUUCUUGGAGGUUCAUAGUGGGGAAGAGUUCCUGGCACUUACAAAAGAUCAACUAAUCAAAAUUUUGCGAAGUGAAGAACUCAGUAUUGAGGAUGAAUACCAGGUUUUCUUAGCUGCAAUGCAGUGGAUUCUGAAAGAUCUGGGAAAGAGAAGAAAACAUGUGGUGGAAGUUCUAGAUCCAAUUCGAUUCCCUUUAUUACCUCCUCAGAGACUUUUGAAAUAUAUAGAAGGCAUAUCUGAUUUUAAUCUUCGUGUUGCAUUGCAAACACUUUUGAAAGAAUAUUGUGAGGUAUGCAAAUCCUCCAAAGAGAACAAGUUUUGUAGUUUUCUGCAGACAUCUAAGGUUCGACCUCGCAAGAAAGCAAGAAAAUACCUGUAUGCAGUAGGUGGAUAUACUCGAUUGCAGGGAGGACGUUGGAGUGAUAGCAGAGCCCUCAGCUGUGUAGAACGUUUUGACACCUUUAGCCAGUACUGGACUACUGUAUCUUCGCUUCAUCAGGCUCGAUGUGGACUGGGAGUAGCAGUUCUGGGAGGGAUGGUCUAUGCUAUUGGAGGUGAAAAGGAUUCAAUGAUUUUUGACUGUACUGAAUGCUACGAUCCAGUUACUAAACAGUGGACAACGGUAGCUUCAAUGAAUCACCCCCGCUGUGGCUUGGGAGUUUGUGUUUGUUAUGGGGCUAUCUAUGCUUUGGGUGGGUGGGUUGGAGCUGAAAUAGGGAAUUCUAUUGAACGAUUCGAUCCAGAUGAAAAUAAAUGGGAAGUUGUUGGCAACAUGGCUGUGUCACGCUACUAUUUUGGGUGCUGUGAAAUGCAAGGUUUAAUUUAUGUAAUUGGGGGCAUCAGCAAUGAAGGAAUAGAGCUUCGUUCUUUUGAAGUUUAUGAUCCGCUUUCCAAGCGCUGGUCUCCACUUCCUCCGAUGGGAACUAGAAGAGCUUAUCUUGGGGUGGCUGCACUCAAUGAUUGCAUCUAUUCUAUUGGAGGGUGGAACGAGUCACAAGAUGCUCUCCAUACAGUAGAAAAAUAUUCCUUUGAAGAGGAAAAGUGGGUUGAAGUUGCCUCCAUGAAAGUGCCUAGAGCUGGCAUGUGUGUUGUGGCAGUCAAUGGGCUUCUUUAUGUUUCUGGAGGACGAUCUUCCAGCCAUGAUUUCUUGGCCCCAGGUACCUUGGACUCAGUUGAAGUUUAUAACCCUCAUUCAGAUACGUGGACAGAAAUUGGUAACAUGAUCACCAGUCGCUGUGAAGGAGGUGUUGCUGUACUAUGAAAUAUGAAACAGAACAUAAGAAAUAUUUUGAAAAUAUCAGCUCUGGUCUUUUGCAAGACAAAUGUGUAUUUGGUCCUAGGACCCUCUGAUUUUAUUAGAUAAAUGGCAAAAUAAUGGUUUUUCUAAGACUCUUAAUUAGAAGAAAUAUGAAAUAGAUAAAAAAAAUAAUAUAGAGCUCACAUAAAUUUUCUAGCUGGUCAGCAGGAAUGCUGUCUCUGCCUUAGAGCUGUUUAGUCCAGUUAAGGUCAAGUACUUUCUGUAAAAAUAAUUUACAGAAGUUUCCUAAAAGGUAGAUUCAUGAUUGCUUUUCCAGUGUAACUGAAGAUUUGACGUAACCUUUGUGUAAUAUACAAAUACCAGUGAUACAGUUUAGAGAUAUUUAUAUGGGCUAAGUCUGUGGCUCAUGGGUAAAGCACACAGAUUACCUGUCUGAGGCCAUGACUUCAAUCCUCAGCAGUGUAAAAAAAAAAAGUAUUUACAUUCGUAAUGAUUUCAGAGCACUAUGGCCAUAGUUUAACCUACAACGAAGAAACAAUGAUAAACCUUCCUGCUUUUUUAAUUUUUUUGACUGGGAGGAAGAACUAGAGCCACACCAAGGAUUGAGGAUUUAGGGGUUGCUCUGCUUGGCUUAGGACACAGCAUAGCGCUUGGAAUUAAACCCAGGUCUCUCACAUGCAAAGCAUGUGCUUCAGCCCUUUGGGCUACUUUGUCCUGAGUUAUAAACUUUUAUUGGCAGCAGAUAUUGGGAGAGGUACCUGGGAAAUAACUACUUGUGUAGAUGUAUGGACUUUUUUUUUUUUUCUUUUUGGGUCACACCUGGCAAUGCACAGGGGUUACUCCUGGCUCUGCACUCAGGAAUCACCCCUGGUGGUGCUCAGGGGACAAUAUGGGAUGCUGGAAUUCGAACCUGGGUCACCGCCGUGCAAGGCAAACGCCCUACCUGCUGUGCUAUCACUCCAGCCCCAAGAUGUAUGAAUUUUUUUCUGAUAAAAAGCAUUGAAAAAGCUUCUGUUCACUCUUUUUGUUUGUUUUUAAGCCACACUCAGUGUGUUCAGAGUUUGCACUCCUGAGGGCAGAGCUUGGGGACCAUAAAGGGUGCCAGGAUUGAACCUGGGUUGUCCAUGUGCAAGGCAAGUGCCCUACUUGCUCUACUAUCUCUCUGGCUCCUCACUCAUCGUUUUUUGGGGAUUGUCACACCCAGCAGUGUUUGGGUUUCCUCGUAGCUUUUUGGUCGGGAUUAUUCCUGUGGGUGUCCAGGAAGCCAUCUGAAGCAAACCAGGACCCAACCAGGGUUUGGCUGCAUUCAAGCAAGUACCUCAUCCCUGUACAUUCUUCUCAACCCAUCUUUUUUCUUUUGUUUUUGGACCACACCCAGCUGUGUUUGUGACUUACUCUUAGCUCUCUGCACACAGAGGUCACUCCUGGCAGGCCCCGAAGCCAUAUAGGGUUCCAUGAAUUGAAUCCAGGUGGGCUGGACACAAGGCAAGCUCCUAAUGGUCUGUACUCUUCUUCUGGCCAAACUAUUUUUGUGGGGUUUUGCUUUGUUUUGUACUUUGUUUGUUUGGGGGGCCACACCUGGUGAUGCUUAGGGGUUACUCCUGGCUCUGCACUCAUGAAUUACUAUUGACAGUGCUUGGGGGACCAUAUGGGAUACUGGGGAUAGAACAAGGGCCAGACACCUGCAAGGUAAGCACCCUACCUGCUUUACUCUUCAGCCCUGGAAUUAAAAGUUUCUUAGUAACAUUUUUAUACUGCAAAAAGGUGGAUGCUAAGAGCCUAGCAGGUGACAUGCACCUAGAUCAUUUUUUCCCUUUUUCUCCUCGUCACCAAAAAUGUUUGACUUUGGAGUUUAUUAGAUUAUCCUGUUUUGUGAAGUUUUCUUUUACUUUGUCAAGCCUAAAUUAUGAGCUCACUGAAAAAUUGCUGCCUGACUUGGAAAAGCUGGAAUUGUAAAUAUCUGGAAACUUUUUAUAAAGUGACUCAGAAGAGUAAGUUGAGAGACUUCUGACCCAAAACUACUUCUCAGUAAUUCUUUUUCUCUCUGAAAAAUAUUCUAAAGACUUCUUGUCUGUUAUUUUCUGAGAGUAAGAUUAUUAUUCUUUUUUUUUUUUUCUGUGCUGAAUGUCAAACCUUGUCCUCAUACAUAUAAGGCAAGUACUCUACUGCCAAACUGCAUCCCUGGCAAGAUUCUUUACUAAUGUACAUAAUAUUUUUUGGGGUUGGGGAGCACACCCAGCAGUGCUCAGGACUUACUCCUGGCUCUGCACUCAGGGCGCUCCUGGUGGGGCUCAGGGACCAUAUGGGAUGUUAGGGAUGAAACCUGGAUUGGCUACAUGCAAGGCAAGUGCCUUAGUUGCUGUACUAUUGCUCCAGCCACUUAUGUACAUAAUUUUUGUCUUAUUUCCUCUGUGAGUUGGAGCCAACUAAUAUUGUCUUUCCUACAUUUAUGUCUACGUUGCUGAUUUGAGGAUGGUUUACAUAUCUUUAAUUUUUCCAUUUUGUGUUUUAUGUUUCAUAACGGUUGUCCAUUUUUCCCAUUUUGCAUCUGUUUUUGUUAGGAAUUCAAGCCCAGGCCUCUUACAUGCAAAAAGCAUAUGUUCUACCUCUGAACUAUAUAUCUCUGGCCUCAAAAUUCCAUUUUGUUUUUAGUACUGGUGUAGAGCAUAUACCAUAUUAUGUAUGGAAACUGGGUGCUAUUUCCAGAACUGCAAACACAAAGUUUUAUUUAAGUAGUGCUAAAGAUUAGACAGGGCCUUACACAUGCAAAGUAAGUGCUCUACAUUCUUUACCUUUACUAUAUAUAUUGUUUAUGGGCAUCAGCAACUUAUUGUUUUCAAUUUUGGUUAUUGGGUUAUACCCAGCAGUGCUAAGGGAUUACUUCCCACUCUGGCACCGAUUCCCAGUGGUGCUUGAAGAGCCAUGGAGUUGGUUAUGGAACCCAGGUUUCUUGCAUGCAUGCAAAGCAUGUGCACAAGCCCUUUGAGCUAUCUCCCUGGCCCCAGCAGCUUAUUCAGAUAGAAAUCCUUUGGUGAAACCAGAGCAAUAGUACAGUGGGUAGGGCACUUCUCUGGCAUCCCAUUUGGUCCCCCAAUCACCACCAGGAGUAAUUCCUGAGUUCAGAACCAGUAGUAACCCCUGAGCAUGGCUGGGUAUGACCCAAAAAGCAAAUACAAACAAACAAACAAACAAACAAAAGCCCAGAAAACAGAAAUCCUUUGAUAAGCAUUAAAGAUUCAGAUAGCACUCAAAUCCAAAAUAUUUAGGUUGGCCCAUAAGAAUAUUUUCAUAACUUAACUAUAUGCAGGUAUGAAACUCAUGAAGUGUGUAUUGAAAUCUGUGGCUCCUUAGAUUAUUCUGAAAAGUAAGUUGCACACCUGGUUGGAAUCUGAAAAUAUCAAGGAAUUAAAUAUCAAGAGGGGCUGGAUGAUAGUACAGUGGGUAGGGCAUUUGCCUUGCAUUCAGUUCGACCAGGUUCAAUACUUAGCAUCCUGUAUGGUCCCCAAGCCCCACCAGGAGUAAUUCCUGAGUGCAGAGCCAGGACCAUCCCCUGAGCACUGCCAGGUGUUGCCCCAAAACCAAAAUAAAAAGGUAAUUUGUAAAUAACUUAAUCUUUGACCCAUGUGCCUUUAAUAUUACUAGCCAUAGAAAUAAUUUGUUAUCUGACACCCAGCUAAAAUGGCACUAUGAAGGGGAUAAAUUUCUACUGUUAUAGAAAUGUAAAAACAAGAUAAUCAUGAUUUGGGUUUAAUAGAUCUAGAUAAACUCUGAAAAUAGGUGAUGGUGAACUCCUAUAUUAGGUGAUUGGAUGAUUGUAAAAUGCUUACUUCCAAGAUAAUUGUUUUAAAAAUGAAUAUACUAAUAAAGUAACUUGAUUUCU